GUGAGCUGCUGCUGCUGCUGCUGCCUGGGUUGCUAAUAUAUUAUGCGAUGCGACGCCAAGCUGAUUGUGCACCGAGGCAGCAGUCGUCUACUACGCAUGCACUUGGACGCGCACCGGAGUCGUAUCUAGUGAGUCCGGGCACUCCACCGACCACGGUCCGUCCGCCGCGUACUUACUCACCGCUGCACAAAAUUGUCAUAGAGCCUCGUAUCGAUAGGUACACAUACUUUGUUCGACUUGGCGUCGCACGCACCACUUUCUCUAGCUCGCUCCGUUAUUUUGAGUUUCGUUCCCCCCACCGCUCGAAUGCCUCUAACGGCCAGCGGCCAGCAUUCGGGGUGUAAUCGAGCUCGCUUCUGUUUUUGAGAGCUCUUUAUUUACUACUUUUUCGUACGAAUUUCGGGCUCUGUGUUGUUGUUGUUGUAGGGCCCCCACAUAAUAUACAUGUGUCGAGCUCGCGUCUGUGCGUUUAAUGUUUCUCUACCCGCUGCGACUCGUAACUGUCAAGCUGUGAUUGUGCAUGUAUACAUGUGACAACUGUGAGUGCUGUGUAUUAUAGUUCCGUGUACAGAGUCGUGCAUUCCAAUUUUUCAAACGGCGCUCAGGAAUGCUCCAAACUUGCUGCAAAAAUAACCGAGUCCGUAAUGUUUACCAAGAGCGCGAAUAGAUCUAACAAAAGUAGGAUGAAUCAAUUAGUUUUAUAAUUGAACAAAGAGAAAUAAAAUAUACUCAUCAAUAAAAACACUAGUAGUUACAAUGGACGAUUGGGCUAAAAUAUUAAUUGGCCCAGCCGAAAUAAUAAAAGAUCGGUUGUAUUUUGUUACUGUUACUUCACCAGAUAAAGCUAAAAAUACAGUAAAUACUAAUUAUUUUAGUAUAGACGAUGAUUUAGUAUAUGAAAAUUUUUAUGCAGACUUUGGUCCACUCAAUUUAGCUAUGGUUUACCGUUACUGUCAAAAACUUGACAGGAAAUUACGCUCAAAAAUGUUAUUGAAAAAAAAAAUUGUUCAUUAUACUACUACCAAUCCAGAAAAAAGAGUUAAUGCAGCGUUUCUCAUGGCUUGUUAUGCGAUCAUUUACUUGAAACAAACUCCAGAUGACAUCUAUAACACAUUAACAGCAAAUACCAACAGUCAACCAUUUGAAAUGUUCAGAGAUGCUUCAUUAGGAGUGCCUAUUUACCAAAUAUCACUUAAAGAUUGCAUUGAUGCAAUAUAUAAGUGCCAUAAUUUAGGCUUCUUUGAUUUCAAUGAUUUUGAUGUUGAAGAGUAUGAACAUUAUGAACGUGUUGAAAAUGGAGACUUGAACUGGAUCUUACCAGAAAAAUUUAUUGCUUUUUGUGGUCCUCAUUCUUGUACUCAGUAUGAAAAUGGCUACAUGCUUCAUGCACCAGAUGUAUAUUUUGAUUAUUUUCAUGCCCACAAUGUAACUACAAUUGUGAGACUCAAUAAAAAGCGUUAUGAUGCGUCUGACUUUAUAGAAGCAGGAUUUGAUCAUAAAGAUUUAUUUUUUGUGGAUGGAUCAUCACCUACACUUUCUAUUCUCAGACAUUUUCUCAGAAUAUCCGAAAAAACUAGUGGAGCUGUUGCAGUACAUUGCAAGGCUGGCCUUGGCAGAACAGGCACAUUAAUUGCAUGUUAUCUAAUGAAACACUAUCAUUUAUCUGCCUUAGAAUCUAUAGCUUGGAUACGAAUUUGCAGACCUGGCUCUGUAAUAGGACAGCAACAACAAUGGCUAGAAGACAAAGAAGAAUAUUUGCACAGUUUGAUCGAAGAUCCACUGAAGCCCGUCAACGGAAAUCCCGUGCACAAGUAUGGAAUAUACUCCAAGGCAUUGGGGGCUCAUGCGAAUUUGGCUGGACCAAGGAAUACGCGACAAUCGCCCUUCGACAACGUUUCGGGCAUAUUGCAUAGGGUCGACGGCAUUCAGUUGGAGGAUUAUAACAUUCAGACACAAAUACCCGUACGAACGCCCGUGAAAAGUUCGACGCAAACUCAAGGCGACAAAUUGAAUUUAAUAAAGGCGCGUCGGACCCUGUCACCGCCAAUAAACGUGGUCGUUAAUUCGCCAUCGUCUAUACCGAUAAUAGCGCAUCCAUAUUUGGGCCCGCUAUUGCACAACAGAGGCCAGAAGAACUCGCUGGUCUUAUCCAAGGAUAAAGAGGCAGUUACGAAGCGCGUCGUGACACGCUCAGCUUCCACGAACCUCGUCAAAAGAAACGGUAAUGAGCCGAUCAGGCGUGCUGGUCUCUACGUGAAUAAGGCAACGGCACGUGUCACAGGCCAAACCGUAACGUCAUCGGUUUCGGCAGCGGCGACUGCAUCGACAACAACGGCUACGAUGACUACGAUUAACAAGACACCCACUAUUACAGCGACGAGCAAAAGUCUUAGUAGCAAACCAAACACACGCAGCGCGUGUUUAACGACGCUACCUUUAAGCAGUAGAUACACGUCGAAUCCCACCACACGAACGAAAACCGUAGCGCCAGGAACGGUUAAUAAUUCCGGACGAUAUUGGUCUACUAGGCACGGCCCAGCGGGGAUGGCACCUUCAACGGCAACCAAGCAGCAAAAACAGAGGACCAGGGCAGGAAAAGCAGCAGCUGUGGCGGCUGCCGCUUCGGAGUCCGCGCCGGCCUUGAUGAAAACUACUUCGAAUAGAGUAGCUGCACCGGUACCACGUAUAUCGCAACAGCGCAGACGAUCGCAUCGCAUCAAUCCAAUCGUGUCGUAAAACAUCGCCUAAUAAUACUGGUUUGAUGAUUAAAAGAGCACCUUUACACACUCUUACACACAUCAUCAUCAUUGUUUCGUUUUUGUGCUAAUUUUUGAACAUGCCACACGGCACUUGCUUUUCACUACUUACAUAACAACUUGAAUGAAUCAUUUCCGAAGGAAAACCAGAAUGAGAGAACAUUUUUUUAGCUGCUGUGAAUUGUUUUUGGUAGUGUAAAGAAAACAAUGAAAACUUGGGAAUUGUUAAUAAUUUGUGGAAUGAAUCAAAACUCAUGUUUAUCUUUUUUCCAAUCAGAUUGAAGAUAUUUUGUGCACAAAUGUUACCAUUUUUCCUAAGAUGUACGAAAAACAUAAACAAAUCAGUGCGAUGAGAAAAGUCCAAAUGUAUCUCAACGAAUUAUGCAUAAGUAUUAUAAUGGUCUAUAGAUCUUAGUGAUAAAUGUCCGUGCUGAUGAAGUAGGCUUCUCUCGCGUCUUUAUUCGGUCGAUGUAAGUUUAUUUUUUUGAAUUUCAUAAAAUGAGCGUCUUUCUUACGUAUAAGUUAUAAAAAUGAUGGCUUCUCUAUAAAGAAAAUUAAGUGCAAUUUUAAUCGAUUGGUCGAAUGAUCUAAGGACGACGCGUAGGUUAAAAAUAUUUUUAUAAAUUUGUAGAUAGAUUUUCACGAUAUUUUUUCGUGAAAUUACAUUAUGUAAAACGUUCGUGUUGCUGUAUACAUAUAGUACAACAAACUGUUGAUUAAACCUCAAGAUUUUGUUAAAUAGACACUUUACUUCGGUAUCAUUAGUUGCAUCUAUCGAAAAGAACGCAAAUGUAAAAAAAUUUACUCAAGUUUUUUGGUUCUACCUAAAAUUGUAUUCUUGUAUCAGAACUUUUGCGAUUGUGAUUUUGUUAUUAUAGAGACAUUUUUGAUACGUACAAUUUUUCAAUUACGAACAAUAAGUAAAAUGUUUAAAAUAAAUCAUGUACGUACGUAAUUUCUAGUUUUUACGACAAUUAAAAGAAUCAUUAGAAAACUAUUUCAAUCAAAAAAAUAGAUACUUUAAAUUGGAAAUGUAAUCUGUUUGACCAAUUUUGACAUUUAACGUAAUGAACAAUAGCAUUUAUAAAUAAUUAGCAUUUGAAAACAAAAUGUUACAUUCGAAUGUUUAUGAGUAUAAUUUUCUUUUCCAAUCAUGUAUUUACCAAAGACUGCACGUGAGUAUUAUGACUGAAUCACAUUUCACAAAAAUUGUUAUACUUGAUGACGUCGUAAAGUAUCAAUUUAGCACACUGAUUUAGAUAUUAUUUAUCUAGAUACCACUUCAAGAUUAAUAAAAAAAAAAAAAAAUGGAAAUAAGUUCUCUUCGUUAAUGAGUAUUCAAAAAUAUUCUAGAAUAUGGAAAAAAUGAUGUAAGAAACAAAUGUUCAGGAUCCGUGACAAUCUCAAAAAUUUAAAUCAUAAUACUUAAAAAUAAUCAAUUAACACUUUUAGCGAAAAUUUUUGAAAUCAAUAUGUUGCAUUAAUAAAUUAGAGCGUAUAAUACAAGUGUAUCGCGUUUUUGUAAGGAAAAAUCAGUUUGCUACAUCGAAAAUUUUUUCUUGUAUUUAUUAUUUUCAAUCAAAAAAGCUAAUCAAAAACAAAAAAAAAUUCUUUGUCAAUUGUAAUGUGUACUUUUUCUCGAAUUUUUCUAUUUUCUAUUAUUGAACACUUGAUAAUGAUAUAGAAUGUAAUGUUAGUCAGUGAAUGUCAACUUAAAAAGAAAUCCAGUAUUUACAACAAAAUAUUGUUCGUGAAUAUCUGUAAAAAAUUUCAUUAAUGUGAACACCUUUUUUUUUACUUUUUUCCAAGUCUUGAAACAUUGUAUACAUUCAGUUAGUUCGUUUAAAAUUUUACGAUUAUGUGUGUCAGUCUUCCUGACAAAAUAAUUAGUAUGUAAAUAAAUCAAAAUAUACUAUACAUAAAAAAGAAAAGAAAUCAUUGUGCAUAAGACAUCUUUUAUAUAGUAUGAGUAUAAAAUAUAAUGAAAUGUUGGUAUUUCAUCUGUAAGCAAGUGUACUAUGAAAUUAUGCAUAGAUCAGCUUUGCAACAAUUAAACAAACUUUAAAUCAUA